AUGUAUAAAUGCAUGGAUGUUAAUCGUUUUCAUUUCAUUGAAGGUGAUACUGAUUCAUCUUAUUGGGCAAUCGCUGGCGAUCCAAAUCUUCCUAACACUCAAGCAUUUCAAGCAAUUGUUACCGAUAAACAAUUUUAUGAUAAAAACAUUUUCAAAUUCGCACCAUUUGAUUUCUUCUGUUUUGAUGAGAAAUUUAAACCUAAAUUAAAGAAUAAAGCUGAAGAAAAAGCACAUGAGAAGAAGUUAUUGGGUUUAGCAAUUGAGAAACAAGGUGAUAACAUGGUUGCUUUAUGUCCUAAAUGUUAUACUUCAUUCAACGGUUCAAUUGAUGGAAGUGAUUUUAAAAAGAUUACACAAAAAAUGAAGGGUGUUAGUUUAAGACAAAAUAAGCAAUUAACACCUAAAAAAUAUUUGGAUAUAAUAAAUGAUAAAGUGAUAUUUGAUGGUCAAAAUAUUAAUUUACAACUUAAAAACGGGUCAAUGACUCGCUUAACAAUCGGUAAGACUGCAUUAACAGGAGCACACACUAAGGCUGUAUGUUGUGAAAAUGGAUGUUGUAUGCCAUUUAUUUAA